AUAAACAGAUUCCGGCAUAAGUGCUUCUUUUUUGGCAGCAUAAGUGCUUUUUCGUCAACGAUUUCUUUUCCUGUUCACUCGAAAAUACCAUUUUACACUGGCUGUUAUUCUGCUCAAAUCGUGUUUUGUGGUUGUAUUCUUUGAAUAGAGAUAGCGAUUGGGUACAGUAUGCCGAAAACAAAACCAAAGGCUCGAGAGCUGGACCAAGAAGGUUUGUCUGCAUUGCGAGGUGUUGAUGUUUCGGACAUCAAGAUCCCAGAUGACCUUGUAGAAAAUGUGAGAGACCUUGCCAAAUAUGAAUAUCCAUUUCGCAAUCUCAUAUUUGGAGGUGGUGGUAAUCGGCUAUUUGCUUAUACAGGAUCUUUGCAGGUUCUUCAGGAUGUUGGCAUUUUGCCCAACAUCAAGCGACUGGCUGGAACGAGUUUAGGAGCACUUACGGCGUGUUUCGUUGCACUUGGACUUUCACCAUUCCAGCUAUUAGUGGAAGUGGAGCAAGCAAGACGUAAAAUUCAGAAAAUGUUACUAGAUGCACGAUGGGGUAUCUUUAGUCUGUAUUCAAACUUAAAGGCUGAUUACGGUUGGCACCCGGCCAGUGGCUACACUAAGUGGUUACAAGAAAAUAUAGAAGAUUAUUCUGGAAAUGGCCAACUUACGUUUAGACAGCUGUAUGAGACUACUGGCAUAGAGUUGUGCUGUGUUGCUACCAAUCUUAACCUUAUGACAGCUGAAUACUGCCACGUGAAAACCACGCCAGAUCUGCCGAUAAUUGUUGCACUGAGGAUGAGCAUGUCCUUACCAGCUCUUCUGUGUGCCGUGAAGUACAACCUGAGAGGCCAGGAAGAUAUAUACGUUGAUGGUGGGCUGUUGUGUAAUUUCCCUAUACAUGUAUAUGACGGUUGGUGGCUGUCAAUGGAGGAAGAGAAUACCUUUUUUAAACGACUCAGGCCAGCAGAGGAUAUCCACAAGCUCUAUAGCACCAAAGAACGGUUCAAAGAAAAAAACAAAGAAACACUGGGUGUGUGUCUAUUCACGGAGAGUGAGUCGAGUCUGAUGCAAAUUCAAUUUAAAGAGAGAUAUCAUGGAAAAUAUGCUGAAGUUCCAGAUACUAAACUUGCAAGAGAACGGAAAGAUAUAAUUCAGAGGACGAGUACAGCUGCUGAGGCUAGUGUUGCACUGACCACAGCGUUUGUCAAGUUCUUCGAGGUGAUAGAGGUUUAUGACAAAGACAAUAAUGGAGGCCUUUCUAUUGAAGAGUUCAAAGCCUUAGUGAAAUGUAAUACUGAUGAAUUUACCCAUGAAGAUUAUUUCACAUUGUUCGGAAAAGAAGAUGCUAACACAGUGUUUAAUAACAUUGACAAGAACGGUAAUGGAGUGAUACACACAAAGGAGAUCUUGAAUUACGUAGAGAGUAAGGGAAUUCAUAUGAUGGCCGAAUUCAUUGGUUACAAGCGACAGGAAAUUAAUGGGCUCGGAAGCUAUUUGACUGCAUUGCAAAAUAGUGUCUUCAAUCAAGCUAUGCGAGAAUUCGUUGAGCCAUCUGAUGUUAAACGUACGGUUGGAGUUGACUCGUAUUACAUUAAUGGUACUGACUUUGCUAUCGAAGCCGAAGAUAGAACCUUUCUUUUUGAGCAAGGAUACCGGGCAACUGUUGCUUAUCUGGAAGAAUUUGUAAAGAGCGGAAAAGCACGCAGAAAGUAGGCCUAAUCACUGUACAAAUGAGUAUGGUGGCGAAUACAAUAGGCCUAUUUAAAGAUGAAGAUCAACUCGUUAUCAACAUAAAAUGAAAUUUGUUGGGUAUUAUAGCAUUUGAUCUGUAUAAUUAAUUCCUGAAUAUGUUUUGAAUUUGUUUAAACACUCUAAUAGUUGGUUCAGAGUUUAAUCCUAAGAGAGAGCAAACUGGCAAUCAGUUCAUUUAAGUAAAAUAUCAUUUUCAUGAUUACAAAUAUAGGUGUAAUAUCGAGCUUAGCGUUUUUGGAAUGUUUAAUGAAGGUGGCAAUUCAGCCACAGCUGAUAAUUUGGAACCUCACAAUGUUUAUGGUUCAUUUUAUUCAGUCAUAUGCAUAAAUACAUAAAGUGUGUGUGUGUGUGUUUAUUUAUACAAAAACGUACAUGGCACGACAAAAGAAAUAUACAAUCUAGAAAAUGAACCUAGCGUAUUAAACAUUUAAAAUAAUUUAAUUUAUUUUUAAUGGUGAAUUAUUAUAGUAUGUCUUUAGAAUUAUUUUAAUAAUCUUAGGCAUAUUAGUAACCAAAAAUAAUAAAUUGUUAAUGUUCCCCAGGUAUAUCGGAAUUAUAGAGGUAUGUAUAUAAUAAUAUAUUUUUCACGUGUAUUCUGUUUUUGUGUUUUUGUAUUCUGAAACAAUUUAUUUGUCUACUUUGAUCCAAUUAUUGUAAUAUCCUGUUUCAAAAUUAUUACUAGAAUGUGUUUUAGAUUUUUCUAUUUUAUUUUCGAGACACUGGGAGUUUUCUCAAGCUUACGAAAACGGUAACGAAUACGGUUACGGAUGUCGAUGGAUGGCUUUUUUUUUGGUGUGAACACCAAGGAUAACGCACAUAGGGGCCUAAGUCUGAAGAAAACUUAUUUCCAGUGGGUUCCUGGUAGUGCUUGGGCAGUACACCGGGACACAAUUCCCUACUCUUUUCCGAAGGGUGUACUGCAUUCUUUAACGUGUAAAUGGGUCAUUUUGCAUACGGGACAAACAGCUUAAACGUCUCCGAAAGACGGUGUACUUUUGAAACUUAUUUUAGCCCUCCAGCAGAAACACUAACAGAGCAGCGAUGGGAAUUGAACCGGGAACCAAGAGAUCUCGAUCCUCGGUUUAGCGCGCACACAGUGUCUACCGCCAGUUUAACCGACGAGCUUGAUUUAGUACGUCAUCAAAUAUUUAGAAAGCCUCCGUAAACACAUAUGUCACAACGUAGGCGAUUCAUGCCUUUUGCAUGAAUGAAGGAUCAUAUUCAACUCGUACAGCAUAAUAUUGUCAAGAAUGUUUUAGGCACGUAUCACAAUAAUGAGUAUUCGUUAUCGCUUUCUUGAGGCUGCGAAACAUCCCUAUUAUAUUUAACAAGCGAUUUCUUAAUAAACUAAUAACACUAUAAGCUUGCAGCACGUUAAAUACGCCACAGAUAGUGAUCAUAUUAACAUUAAUGAGCACCCCCUAGUUACUUUUUCUAAUAAGCGCCGUGCUUAGCAUAAAAAAAUGCAAUAUAAGCCAUGCGGCAUAGUUGAAGGGAAUUACGUUGACUGAAUACAAUAUGUAUACGCCCACAUAAGAUUUAAUAAUGCAUAUCUAAUAAUAAGGAGUUUUAAAAGACUUACUAUUUAGGCCUUCCAACUUUUAGACUUAUUAUUGCAAAUAUUUUAAAGACAUUUAUGUAGCUGUUUAUAUUUGCAAAGUUAUCACAAGGCUUGUUAUUAUUAAUUAUAUACUGUAUUAUAAAAUUAUAAAUGAUAAAAUAGGCCUAUAUAAUUGUUUCAAUUACAUUAUAUUACCGGUCUAAUGAAUGGAUUGCUAGCACAAAACACGCAGCAUGAGGCUAGAUCAUAAAAUAUAUACCACAGACUUGAUUUGGUUAAACAUUGUAGUCUGAGUUGUUUUGUUCGACGCUAGUGUAAUGAAAAUAUGGUCAAUAAAAUAAAUACCACAGACUUGAUUUGGUUAAA